AUGGAAGAAGGAAUGAAAGGGAGGAAUGAGACAAUAGAAUCUGAAAAAGUGUUUGAGUGCUAUAGAGAUAGUAAGAAAAAGACAUCCUUAGCUACACGUUUUGCUCAAGAAACAUUUGGAAAACAGUACAGACAAACCAUAGGAUUGGACUUCUUCUUGAAAAGGAUAGUAUUGCCAGGUAAUUUGAAUGUUACUCUUCAAGUGUGGGAUGUAGGGGGACAAACGAUAGGAGGCAAAAUGCUGGAUAAAUAUAUUUAUGGAGCUCAGGCUGUUCUCUUGGUUUAUGAUAUUACCAACGGCCAGAGUUUUGAAAAUUUAGAAGACUGGUAUAACGCGGUAAAAAAAGUGAAUGAAGAAUCAGAAACACAGCCACUUGUGGCCUUGGUUGGAAAUAAAAUUGACUUGGAACAUAUGCGCACGGUGAAAGUUGACAAGCACCAGCGGUUUUGUCAGGAAAACAAUUUCAGUAGCCAUUUCGUGUCGGCCAAGACGGGAGAUUCUGUCUUCCUGUGUUUUCAGAGAAUUGCUGCUGACAUACUUGGCAUCAAAUUAAACAAAGCGGAAUUGGAACAAUCACAGAGGGUGGUGAAAGCAGAUAUUGUCAACUACAGUCAGGAGCCUGUGACAAGAACCAUUAAUCCUCCUAGAAGCUCAAUGUGUGCAGUGCAAUGACCGUGCUAUUCUCUGUUUUGAUACCUUUGGCAGUUGUCUUACCCUGACACAGGCUCUAGGAUUACCGGGAACUUUAACAGUGACUGUCACAACAAUGCAAUUAGAGGCUUC